CGUGACGUCCUGGCGUUUCAGUGUACUCGUUUGUCAUUGGAGGAGGCUGGUGUCCACGCCCACGACGUGUGCAGGUCUUUCCCGCGCUGUAUCGCUGUUGCAGUCAGGCUUGUGGUCCUGUUGCAACUGUUAUCUCAAGCAUACACCGGAAAUAGACUCUAAACUGUCACACAUGGCGAAGCAGAGUUCACUUUUUAAAUUUUUCACCAAGUCUCCACCGGCGGUCUCCAAGCCGAAACCGACUUCCUCUCCGGCCGAGGCAGACCUGCCUUCCUCAGUCGUCAAGUCCAACUCCUCUCCGAAAGAGCAAGCUAAUGAGACACCACGACAACCACAGACCAAGGCUAACAAAAUUAAGCCGAAGAAUGACUCCAAAGCUGGAAAAUUGGGAUUCAAGAAACAGUUUGGCGACAAGGCCCCAACAAGAAAAGAAGUCUCCUCAUGCUCCUUCAGUUCUGGUGCCCUUGUGUGGGCAAAACUGGAGGGGCACCCCUGGUGGCCGUGUAUGGUGGUACCCCAACCGCUGACUGGACAGCAGAUUAGAGACCUUGGUCGAGACCAACGCAUACAUGUUCAUUUCUUUGAUGAACCUCCUACUAGGGGAUGGGUCAGCACCAAAUAUAUCAGAGAGUACCAAGGCUCUGACAGCAGUGAUGCUAAAACUGGAGGGGUGUUCUUCAGCAGCAAACCUGUAAUCCGUCAUGCAAUGGAGCUUGCUGACAAAGUCAUGUUUGACAGCCCUGAAAAAAGAUUAAAGACGCCUCUCUGCACAGAUCCAUCCGAUGAGGAAGAGGGUGAUGAUGAUGAAAUGGAGCUUGACAAGUCAGUAGUAAGUGAUGAAGAGGUUAGCGAUGAGAGUGAACAGAAAACUGAUGACAUGAAGCCAUCCAAAGUCAGUCGACAUUCAUCCCGUGCUUCAAAAGAGAAGGGAAACGGGGCAAAGCGGCGGCGCAUAAUUAUAGCCUCAGACAGUGAUGGCUCAGAUGAGGAAUAUAGACCAGAGCAUGCUGCAUCCAGCAGUGAGGAUGAGGAGGAAGAAGGGACGGUGAGCAGUGAAGAAGAGAAAGAGGAGAGCACACAAGAGUCAGAAGCUGAAAGCCCCGUCAAGCCUGUGAAGCGCAAACGUCCUACAGAAAAGUCUGCUAAUACAAAAGCCAAAAUAUCCACAGCCCCAUCUGCUGUACCUAAACGGGCUCCAGCAUUUCUCACAGCUGACACAAAGUCACGUUUGUCAGCCUUUUCUGCCCCUGACAGCUUUGAGAGCCAGGCAAAUGGUUCGGGCACCAGUGGAGCUGCAACAGUUUGGGACCAUGAGAAGCUGGAGUGGCUGCAGGACGGCAGGAGGAAAGAUGGCCGCAGGCGGCGACAGACAGAGGAUGACUAUGAUCCUACCACCCUGUAUGUGCCAGAAGACUUUCUGAACAGAAACACUCCUGGUAUGCGUCGGUGGUGGCAGAUCAAAUCUGAGAUGUUUGACGCAGUGAUUUUCUACAAGGUGGGGAAGUUUUACGAGCUCUACCAUAUGGAUGCUGUUAUCGGUGUCAGUGAGCUGGGACUGACCUUCAUGAAGGGAAGCUGGGCGCACUCUGGCUUCCCAGAGAUUGGCUUUGCUCGUUUCUCAGAUGUACUGGUGCAGAAAGGCUACAAAGUUGCUCGUGUGGAGCAGACAGAGACCCCAGAGAUGAUGGAGGCACGCUGUAAGACCAUGGCUAAGCCCACAAAGUUUGACCGCGUGGUGAGAAGAGAGGUGUGUAGGAUAAUCACGCGUGGUACCCAAACCUACAGUGUGUUGGACGGUGCUCCCUCAGAGUGCCAGAGCAAGUUUUUACUAAGUUUAAAGGAGAAGGCAGAAGAAGAAAGCUCUGGUCGUUGUCGUACUUAUGGAGUCUGUUUUGUAGAUACUUCAGUGGGUUAUUUCAAUGUUGGUCAAUUCCCAGAUGACCGUCACUGCUCACGUCUGCGCACUCUGAUAGCACACUUUGCCCCUGCUGAGGUGCUCUUUGAAAAAGGGAAUCCAUCUGUUGAAACACGCAAAAUUCUCAAGGCCUCUCUGUCCUCUGCUCUGCAAGAAGGGCUUAACGCAGGGACGCAGUUUUGGGAUGCUCAGAAGACUCUUAAAGUCCUCUCAGAAGAAGACUACUUUAAAGGGACUGCUGGCAAGGAGCAUGGAACUGGGAACAGUUUUCUGCCCGCUCUUCUGAAAAAGAUGACGUCUGAGAGUGAUUCGCUGUGCCUUACCCCUAAGGAUGACUGUGAGCUGGCAUUGUCAGCACUGGGUGGAUGCAUGUUCUACCUGAAGAGAUGUUUGGUGGACCAAGAGCUGCUCUCCAUGGCCAACUUUGAAGAAUAUGUUCCUGUUGAUCUUGAGAUGGAGAAAACCACUGGACCAGCCAGUUUCUUUGCUCAGACUUCUCAGCGCAUGGUCCUUGAUGGCGUGACUCUGGCAAACUUAGAAAUCCUUCAGAAUGGGUCAGGAGGAACAGAAGGGGCACUACUGGAGCGUUUGGACACCUGCUCUAGUCCAUUUGGCAAGAGGCUGCUGAAGCAGUGGCUCUGUGCUCCCCUGUGUAACGCCACAUCCAUCAGGGACAGGCUGGAUGCAGUGGAGGACCUGAUGGGAGCUCAGGCCCAGGCUACUGAGGUUUCAGACCUGCUGAAGAAGCUGCCAGAUUUGGAGCGUCUUCUGAGUAAAAUCCACAGCAUCGGCACUCCCUUGAAGGGCCAGGACCACCCUGACAGCAGAGCCGUUCUCUAUGAGGAGGUCACCUACAGCAAGCGCAAGAUAGUAGAUUUCCUCUCAGCACUGGAAGGUUUUAAAACUAUGCAGGAGAUCAUUUCUGUCCUUGCUCCAGUUUCAGGUGAAUUUCAAUCCACGCUGCUCUGUCAGGUUGUCAGUUUGAAAAGUGAAAAACAGGGGCUCUUUCCUGAUCUCUCUGCUGAGCUCAAGCGCUGGGAGACAUCCUUUGACCAUCAGAAAGCCCGCACUACUGGUGUUAUAACCCCUAAAGCUGGCUUUGACCCCGAGUACGACCAGGCUCUGACUGGGAUCAAGAACUGUGAACGAGAGCUGCUGGAUUACCUGGACAGACAGAAGAAAAGACUUGGCUGUAAAAGCAUGGCCUACUGGGGAACUGGGCGAAACCGUUACCAAAUGGAGGUACCUGACAGUGUGUCGGAGAGGAGUGUUCCUGAGGAGUAUGAGGUGAAGUCUACCAAGAAAGGCUGGAAGCGUUAUGUGACAAAAGAAACUGAGCGGCUGUUCUCAGAGCUGCAGGGAUUUGAGGAGAAGAGAGAUGCUGCACUAAAAGACUGCAUGAGGAGGCUUUUCUACAACUUUGACAAGAACUACAGAGACUGGAAGACUGCUGUGGAUUGCAUGGCUGUGCUUGAUGUGCUGCUGGCCUUGACACGCUACAGUCAGGGUGGGGACGGACCAAUGGCCAGGCCACAGGUGGUGCUCCCUGAGGAUGACGAGCAGGUAGCACCCUUCAUUGAACUCAUUGGGUCCCGCCACCCUUGUGUCACCAAGACGUUUUUUGGCGAUGACUUCAUUCCUAAUGAUAUCUACAUCAGCUGCCCCGGUGGUGGUGAAACUGACGAGGCGAAAGGUCGGGCCUCUUGUGUCCUGGUCACAGGGCCGAACAUGGGUGGAAAGUCUACUCUCAUGAGACAGUGUGGACUUGUGAUCAUCCUAGCUCAUGCUGAGAGCCUGCGCUUCACACCAGCUGAUGGGGUCUUCACUCGGCUUGGAGCCGUAGAUCGCAUUAUGGCUGGAGAGAGUACCUUCUUUGUGGAGCUGAGUGAGACAGCCAGCAUCCUGCAUCAUGCCACUAAACACUCCCUUGUGCUCCUAGAUGAAUUAGGAAGAGGCACAGCCACAUACGAUGGCACAGCGAUUGCCAGUGCUGUUGUGAAGGAGCUUGCUGAGAAGAUCUGCUGUCGCACCCUGUUUUCUACACAUUACCACUCCCUGGUGGAGGACUACACCAACAACCCUGCUGUGCGGUUGGGCCACAUGGCAUGUAUGGUGGAGAAUGAAUGUGAGGAUCCAAGUCAGGAGACCAUCACAUUCCUGUACAAGUUCAUCAGUGGUGCUUGUCCAAAGAGUUACGGUUUCAACGCCGCUCGGCUCGCCAGCCUGCCAGAGGAGGUUAUCCAGUCAGGACACAGGAAGGCCAGGGAGUUUGAGAAGAGCACCAUCAGCCUAAGACUCUUCAAGAAGCUCUGCCAGUUUGCUGAAGAUGCCGCACUGGACAAUACACACUUUGUCUCACUUGUCCAAAUGCUUAACACCCUGUAGUUCGUUAAACAUGAUUUGUUCUCGCUGACUUUUUUUUAUCUCAGCCCUUGAAAAAAAACACUACUGUAAUGAUCUAAUAAAGUUUAUUUUAAAAAAAAUGACAAUGUUUCAUCUAGGAAAUUAAACCCUUUUAAUUCACGCUAGUGCCUACAUAACGGUUAUUUAAUACUUCACAAUAUAUUAAGUCUAGAUGUUAUGAUACAUGCAUACAUUUCAGUCUGUAUGAGAACCCACAAUCACCAGUACACAUGAAUGGGGGGGGCAAUGAAACCAUAUAGUGCUGUAUAUAGAUACUUGUCUCAGUUUCAGUAGAGUAAA